CCAAGCUGCAUGAGCUCAGAGCUGCUGCGGGACUGAGCAGCCCGGGAGCUGCCCCGGAGCAGGGAAAGGCUUUGGGAAUUCCCACAGCCAUGAAGUGGGGGCAGCUCCUCUGCAUCCUCUGCCUGCUGGAGCUGGCUGGCUGCACUGCUGGGAGCACCACGGCCACCCCCAGCCCCACAGGAGGGGACAGCAGCAGCGGGACAGCGGGGGACAGCGCCGCCACCGCUGCCAGCACGGCCACAGGGGACGCCAGCAGCACCCAGCCAACCUCUGCUGCAGCCACGGCCAGCUCCGGCGCCACCGGGACAUCCCCAGAGCUCCUUGGGCAGCUGAACACGAGCCCCCAGCCCAGCCCGGCCCCCACAUCCCCGCCAGGCUCCUCCCCGGGGCCCCGGGGCAGCGCGGGGGUCCCCACGAGCCGGAGCGCCCCGACCCAGCCCGGGGACAGCGCGCAAGGCCCGGGCAGCCCCAGCCCUGCGGCCUCCUCGGCGCCUCCCGCCGGCCCCGCCGCCACCAGCGCGCUGCCCACGGCCGGGGCCGCCGCCCAGCCUGGCAUCAGCUGCCGCAGCGCCGGGGACCAGGGGGACCCCGCCGGGGCCGUCUGCCUGCGGCUCAACGAGUCCAGCACCUGCGAACGCUUUUUGGAGAGGAAGGGGUUGGAUUUAUGGCAAGCACUGUGUGAAAACAGAACCCACAGCGCGGAGUCCCCCUGCAAGAUCCAACUCGCUCCAUCCAGCCUGGACAGAGACUGUUUGCUCCUCAUCCUCGAAGGAGAGAAAGAUCCUGACAAACUUCUGAACACGCUCCCAAAGUCCCACUGGGAAAAGUUUGGAAUAGAAUCCCUGAAGAAGCAGAGCCCGAGGGGCCGGCGGGACUCUCCGCAGAGGACGCUGAUCGCGCUGGUGACCUCGGGGCUGCUGCUGGCGCUGCUGGGGCUGGCCGGGUGUCUCCUGAUGCGGCGGCGCAGCUGGAGCCCCGCGGGACAGAGGCUGGCUGAGGACCCCUAUGACACGGAGAACGGCAGCCAGGGGAACACCAUGCUGAUGUCGCCCUCCCAGGAGCCGGCCGAGCUGCAGGAGAAGCCAAACCUGCCCAAGGUGAACGGGGGCACCCAGGAGAAGGGGCCGGGCCACGCGUCCUCCCAGAACGGGCACUCGGGGCGGCAGCACCGCCCCGCCGACACCGAGAUGUGACCGCGCCCGGAGCCCCGGGGCGCGCAGGAGAUCCCUGCGCACACACCGGGCACCGCAGACCUUCUGCAGCAUCAUCAUCGUCCCCGUGAAGGACUCCAAAAUCAGCCUAAAGCACACGGAGAGACAGAGCUGCCAAAGAGCGGCUCCUUCUCCUCCUCCUCCUCCUCCUCCUCCUCCCGCUGACCACACAGGACAUUUUUUGCAGCUGUUCUCUGCUUUUGUUGUCAGAAGAACAUCAGGACAAAUGCCAGUGGCCUUUGGCCUCCCCAGCUUUCAGGCAGAGGCAGAGUUUGGCUCCAGGCAGCCCAGAUUUCUGGUAGCAAUAUGUUAAGGCUGACCAAAGUAGUUAAAUUGGGAU